ACAGUAGAGCGAAGACUGAAAUGACCAUCUCUCCGAGUGCCAGGAGGAUGUGUGCCAGGCAGCCAGAAAGUCCCAAGGGGCCCUCUGAGAUUAAGCCCAGGUCAAGGCCUUCCAGUUGCCCAGAGAUGAGCUCCUGCAUCUUCCUAGUCAGGCUGCUGCUGUUGGGGCCUCUGCUGUUUGCCCUGGCCUCCAGCUACAACCUGGAUGUACGGCAUGUGCAGAACUUCUCCUUCCCGCUCGCUGGCAGGCAUUUUGGGUACCGAGUCCUACAGGUUGGAGAUGGGAUUGUUGUGGGAGCUCCCGGUGAGGGGAACAGCACGGGGUCUCUCUAUCAGUGCCAGCCGGGAUCUGGGACCUGCCAGUCAGUCAGCCUGAGUGGUUCCAACUACACCUCCAAGUAUUUGGGAAUGACGCUGGCAACAGACCCCACAAAUGGACAUCUUCUGGCCUGUGACCCUGGGCUGGCACGGAUGUGUGACCAGAAUAUCUACCUGAGUGGCCAGUGUUACCUCUUCCACCAGAAUCUGAGGGGUCCUGAGAAGCAAGGGCGCCCUGGCUAUCAGGAAUGUAUAAAGGGCAACGUUGACCUGGUAUUUCUGUUCGAUGGCUCCGGGAGCAUGAGGAAAGAUGAAUUCCAUAAAAUCCUGGACUUCAUGAAGGAUGUGAUGAAGAAACUCAGCAACUCUUCCUACCAGUUUGCUGCUGUCCAGUUUUCUUCCACCUUCAAGACGGAAUUUAACUUCUUGGAUUAUAUGAAGCUGAAGGACCCUGAUGCUCUUCUGGGCCAAGUGAAGCACAUGGCCGAGCUGACCAACACCUUUGGCGCCAUCAAAUAUGUUGCGAAUGAGGUGUUCCGACAAGACUUGGGGGCCCGACCAGAUGCCACCAAAGUAAUGAUCAUCAUCACAGACGGUGAAGCUUCCGACCAUGGCAACAUCGAUGUGGCUCAAGAUAUCAUCCGCUACAUCAUCGGGAUUGGAAGGCAAUUUAAAUCCAAGGAGAGUCAAGAGAAACUCCACAUAUUUGCCUCGACUCCCAUAACAGAAUUUGUCAAGAUUUUGGACACAUUUGAGAAGCUUAAGGAUCUAUUCACAGAACUGCAGAAGAAGAUCUACGCCAUCGAGGGCACAAACAAACAGGACCAAGCGUCCUUUGACAUGGAGCUCUCUUCCAGCGGGAUCAGCGCCGACCUGAGCCAGAACCAUGGUGUCGUGGGGGCAGUUGGUGCCAAGGACUGGGCCGGGGGCUUCGUAGACCUGAAGGCAGACCUGCGGGACGCCAUGUUUGUUGGGAAUGAGCAGAGGACCCCAGAAGUGAAAGACAGCUACUUGGGUUACACGGUCACCUGGCUGCCUUCACGAGGGAGUACUCCACUGCUGGCAGCUGGAGCCCCCCGGUACCAGCACGUGGGCCAGGUGCUACUGUUUCAAGAGUCACAGGCCCAGGGGAACUGGAGUCAGGUCCAGAAGAUCCAGGGGGUCCAGGUAGGCUCCUACUUCGGUGGUGAGCUGUGUGGCGUUGACGUGGACCAGGAUGGGGAGACAGAGCUGCUGCUGAUCGGAGCCCCCUUAUUCUAUGGGGAGCAGAGAGGAGGCCGGGUGUUCAUCUACCACAGGAAGCAGCUGGAGUUCAAUGUGGCCUCAGAACUGCAGGGGGGCCUGGGCUACCCCCUCGGACGGUUCGGAGCUGCCAUUGCUGCCCUAUCUGACCUCAACGGGGAUGGGCUGACAGACGUGGCUGUGGGGGCCCCCCUGGAGGCACGGGGCACUGUGUAUAUCUUCAGUGGAAGGCGUGGAGGGCUGAACCCCCAGCCCAGCCAGCGGAUAGAAGGAACCCAGGUGUCCCCAGGAAUUCAAUGGUUUGGACGCUCCAUCCACGGAGUGAAGGACCUUGGAGGUGAUGGCCUGACCGACGUGGCUGUGGGGGCUGAGGGCCAGGUGGUUGUGCUGAGCUCCCGGCCCGUGGUGGAUGUGGUGACUGUGGUGUCCUUCUUCCCGGCGGAGAUCCCGGUGCACGAGGUGGAGUGCUCCCAGCCCACCAGCGAGAGGCAGAAGGAAGGUGUGAACAUCACCAUCUGCUUCCAGGUCAAAUUGCUCACACAGCAAUUCAAAGGGCGCCUGCGCGCCAACCUCAGGUACACUCUGCAGCUGGAUGGCCACCGAACCAGAAGCCGAGGCCUAUUUCCUGGAGGGAGCCACGAGCUCAGUGGGGUCACCAUCGUCACCCCCACCAAGGCCUGCACUGACUUCUGGUUCCACUUCCCGGUAUGCAUUCAAGAUCUCAUCUCUCCCAUCAACGUCUCCCUCAAUUUUUCACUCCGGGACAAUGAAGAGACUCCGAGGGACCCAGGGCUGGACCAGAACUCAAGACCCAUCCUCAGGCCUUCAGCCCACUCUGAGACCAAGGAGAUCCCAUUUGAGAAGAACUGUGGGGAGGACAAGAAAUGUGAGGCAAACCUGAAGCUGGCCUUCUCUCCUUCCAGGUCCAGAGUCCUGCACCUGACGCCCUCAGCCAGUCUCUCUGUGGUGCUGACACUGAGUAACAUGGGGGAAGACGCCUACUGGGUCCAGCUCAGCCUGCGCUCCCCCCGGGGACUCUCCUUUCGCAAAGUAGAGGUGCUCAAGCCCCACAGCCAGACCCCUGUGAGCUGUGAGGAGCUCUUGGAGGAGGCCCCGCUGCCCACCAGGAGCCUGGCUUGCAAUGUGAGCUCCCCCAUCUUUAAGGCCGGCCGCCUGGUUGAAGUCCAGGUGAUGUUUCACACGCUGCCCAACAGCUCCUGGGGGGACACGGUGGCGCUGCAGGCCAACGUGAGCUGCAACAAUGAGGACCUGAACCUCCUUGAGGACAACUCUGCAGCCACCAGCAUCCCGAUCCUGUAUCCCAUCAACAUCCUCACCGAGGACCAGGAGAACUCCACACUCCACGUCAGCUUCACCCCCAAGGGCACCCAGAGCCACCAGGUCAAGCACCUCUACCAGGUGAGGAUCCAGCCGUCUGUGUUUGACUACCAUGUGCCCACCCUGGAGGCUGUGAUUGGGGUCCCAGGGCCUUAUAUCGGGGGACCGGUCACAAGCAAGUGGAGCAUGCAGAUGGAGCCCCCGGUCACCUGCCAUGAGGAGAAUCUGGAGAGGCUGCCAAGUACAGACGAGCCCUGCUCGCCUGGAGCCCGGUUCCGCUGCCCAUUCACUUUCCAGCAGGAGCUCCAUGUGCAAGUGUUGGGGACGGUGGAGCUGGCCAAGGAGAUAGAGGCCUCCUCCAUGUUCAGCCUCUGCAGCUCCAUUGCCGUCACCUUCAAUAGCACCAGGCAUUUCUACCUCUAUGGCAGCAACGCCUCCUUGGCCCAGGUCAUCACGAAGGUGGACGUCGUGUACGAAAAGGAGAUGCUCUAUCUCUAUGUGCUGAGCAGCUUCGGGGGGCUGCUGCUACUGCUGCUGAUCUUCGCGGGGCUCUACAAGGUCGGCUUCUUCAAACGGGGCCUGAAAGAGAAGAUGGAGGCUGACGAAACUGCCCUGAAUGGGGUUCCUGGAGGGGAGCCUGGGCAACCAGAGCAGCAGGCACCCCAGGAAGAGGCUGAGAAGCUUCUCCCUGAGGAGACACCCCAGAAAAAGGACAGUGAAGCCUGAGGCCAGGCCUGCACACAGGGACUAAACAUCUCCACUGCGUGAACUCAGGCUAGUGACUGCCUGCCCUAGGCCUGUUUCCCCAUCUAGAACAUGGAACUACUGCCUGGUCAGGACCUGCUGAGAGACAGGCCAGGAAGGCCACAGAGGGAACCUUGUCACCAAAUGGUCUUUAUGUCUACCAGCCUCACUAAGCUUCCUCCCCCUGGGGAGAAAAUGUGUGAUCUCGGGCCUACCAGAUAGCUCACCUGGGUAGUGCGCUGCUGUGGCAUGUGCAUGACCCAGUUUGGAGGCUGGGCCCUAUUGCACUGAGGAAGCUUUGGUACUGUGGUCUCUUCUCUCUUUUCCUGUCAUCUGUCUGCCUAUCUAUCUAUCCAUCUAUCUAAAAUGUCAGUCCAAAGUGGUAAAGCUCCAAAAUUGACAAGAAAAAAAAAAAUCUAAUGUACAUUUGGGAAAACUGCAGAGUCUCAGGACCUCAAGACACCCCUGGCCUUCACCCACCUGCCUUUAGGUGUCCAGGGAUGGGGGGGAGGGUUCAGACUCCCAGAACCUGCCCUGCUCUCUGUCCCCUGCAAACUCAACUCGAGUCACUACUGAAGACAAAAUCCCUUACUGAGAUUCCAUAAGCUGCGGUGCUAAGUGGCCCUUCCAGCAUCCUCCUCACUGAGCCCUGGUUACACCAGCCCUGCUUCUUCCUGUCUCCUUCCUGAGGGCAGUAUCCGCCUCUGCUCUGCAGGUACUGGUGGUGACAGCAACUCACCAGUCAGUGCCCAUCCUCAUGGCACAGGUCAGACUUAGUCCAUCCCUGUCAGAUGAUCAACUUAGUAUCAGAUAGAAGGGGAGCACUUCUGCCUGUCGCAUUCACCUCGGGAGCCUUGCCGACAGAAGAGCCAGACGUGGUUCUGGUGGGUGCUCUCUCAGUGGAGAGACAGUCUGUAGAGACCCACCCUUCAAGGCUUAGUCUUCCUUGCCUGGUAACCCCCAGGGCACACUCACUGGCAGGACCGUGUCUGAGAUCCAGCCCCCCGGUGCCAUGAACCAUCCCUGCUUCUUGUUUAUCCAGUAAAUGUAAAUUCCAGUCAGUUCCAUGACACUUUUGUGCCAGUGCAACCUGCCAGCCCCGCUCAACUGAAUAGGUGUUUUUCUCUUGGCCCAGUUGCCAGGCGUGACCCCCCCACCCCAUGCCUUUCCCCCGUGACCCUUGGAGUAUGACCUGCACCUGACAUUGAGGGUUCACUCAAGAGGACCAAGUGAGCAAAACUCACAGGGGUCAUGCUAAGAGGAGAGUCUCUUGCAGCCCCCUGCUCUCUCAGAAUCAAUGACUGUCCAGAGACAGCUCAUCUGGUGAGGUAUUAUCGGAAGGGCCCGAGGUUCCCAGGUCGAUCCCAACAACUGCUUGUCCUGUAAUGGGACUCUGCCUGUCUCUCCCUUUUUGUCUCAUGUGAAACUUGCUAUUGUAUGUAAUAAAU